AUUGGAUUUGACAAAUACAACAAAGAAUGUUAGGCUAGGCUGUAUUGAUUCACCACCUCCUGAGGGCACUGCUGACCCAAAAGAGGGAGGCAAUGGUGUGGAUAGAAUUAGCACUCUGUCCGCCUGAGCCAUGCAUGAAACCAUCAACAAGGAAGGAAGAAAAGAAGAGAGACGAAACGGACAUGAACCGCAAAAGUCACUCAGUGCAGUUGUGGCAAGUUGUCGCCCAAAGCCUCUCAGAGCCCAGCCGUGGGGGCUGCUCGCUUGGAAGAGAGACAGAUGAGACAGAGAAGGAUCUGUCCUCAGGUGACUGGCUCCAGGACGCACAUGUAGGACACAGGGACAGAUGGACGUGGCUGUGCCAAUAGCAGUGCAGGACCAUGCGUGUUGUACUGAGUGUGCUUCUGCUCCUCUUUCGUCAGAUCCUCCUACUGGGGAUGCUGUCUCCUCCACAGAAUGUGACGCUAACAUGUGAAAAUUUCCAUAUUCUCUUGGUGUGGGAGCCCGGUUCCGGCUCAGGCAAUGGCACCCAAUACGAGGUUCAAAGUUACCAGCGCUCUUCUAACUGGACCAAAGUGGACACCUGUUGGAGGAACAGCACCAAAUCAUCGCACACAUGCAAACUGUACUUCGAAGACAUACACAAAAUGUACUGGGCCAGAGUGAGAGCCAUGGAUGGAACCUGGGUGUCCAAAUGGACCAUUUCCAAUGAACUGCAACCUUACAGAGACACGAUUGUGGGUCCCCCUAACCUGACUCUUAUAUUGGUGAAUGAGAAUCUGACUGUAAAUCUGUCCAUGCCACUCACCCCUUACCGCAGGAGAAAUGGCACUUACAAGUCAGUCCAGAAAGUGCUUCCGAACUGGAAGUACCGGGUCAGCCUUUCCGAAAAGGGCGUUCACAUCAACAACGUGUCCCUUCAGCCAGAGGGCAAGAUAACUUCGCACACAUUUGAGUUCCUGAAACCAAACACCAAUUACUGUGUCACAGCCCGUGUGGUCCGACAGCAAAGCAAGGUGUCUGUGCAAUGUAUCAAGACUCCAGACAGUCCAGCAGAUUUCCUUUGGGACCUUGUUCUUGCUCUGGUUGCCCUCCUCCUGCUGCUUCUGCUGAGCACCAUUGGCUUCUAUUUCCUCAAGCUCUACAUGUAUUCAAGCGUCUCAGAAAUGCCCUUCCCCAAAACACUGGCUAUUCUGAAUGAAGAGCUAAAUGUGAAUCUCUGGAACAAGUCACUUGCCCAUGACCUCGAGGGUACCUCUGUCACUCUGAUCUCAGUGGCUGGGCUUGCCUUCAAUGAUAACUCCCCAGUGGAGCAAGAAAGACUCCAAAUCCAGCUACUUCCAGAAGGCUGCCAGGCCUGGGAGGAGGAAGACUACUGUGCCAAUGGGUUUGGUCCAGACUACUGUGAAAACAUGGUCUCUUCCAGUUCCUCGGGCCAGCUAGAGUUUGCUGGCACUGUAGACUCUGAAGCCCCCUUGUCAUCAGCAGGACAGAUGAAGGAUGUAUAUACAGGUGAGGGGAACUACAGGACUGCACUGGAGGUCCAGCUUCCUGUGGGCCAGUUGGUGUUUUCUGAGCAGCUAUCUCCAGUGUCAGCAGGACUGUCCAGAGAUGGUUAUAUGGGUGACAGGGGCUUCCGGACUUGCUCAGAGAUUCAGAUUCCUCUGCAUCUCCAGGUUUAUUGCAAGUACUCACCUUCAGUAUCAGAAACCUGCAGUCUUUCACCAUCAACCUUCAGCCUCAGAGACCUUAAAAAGAACACUGAUGGCAAGAGGAGAGGGUGGCCACUCACGGACUGGGUUGAUAUUCCUCUCAGCUCCGUGAAACUGCAGGUCAAUGGAGAAACACGAGACCACCUUGCUCCUUUUCCCACGCACUUGUACAGUCACACUGCUGAUAAGACAAUGAAGGACCACAAAGCAGAUUUGGCAAGGUUGGGUCAGAGUGAUGUAAAGCAGCAGGAAUACCUACCUAUGAGCCAAGAGCAGCAUGGCUUCCCAGAGCGCACAGAGCUUAGCAAUGACCCCAGUGGGGAGCUGUACCCAAAGGCUGAUGACACUAAGAUCACGACUUUCUCUAGCUAUGAAUUACACCCUCAAGUGCUUGUCCUGUAGCUAAUGAUACUGGAGCUGGGAAGAAGACAUUAGUGUACAGGGAGAUUUCCCAUAUGUUUAUCCACGUGCUUAUCCAUGGACUCACUUGUAGUGGUGUGAAUCAAGACUGACACCACUGAAGUGUUAUAUACAUAAAACCAGUGAGAUCAGACUUUGGAACUGGGCGGAAACCAAAACCCUAGCUCCAAAUCCAGGAACCUUCACCCCUGAACAGCAGCCCCUCAGUUGGAAGUUCACUGCCAGGGUGAUUGGACUUGGCCAUGUGGCCAAUAGAGAUAGUUUGACCUGUAAAUUUAGAUACAACCUUUUGGUUCAGGCCCACCUGCAGUAGAAACCAGUGGAGACUCAUGGUUUUGACUGAGUUUCAGUGUGAGUUUGUGGGUCCAUCUGAACAUGAAACUUAAGAAAAACAUCGACACAAAGCAAAAACAAGGGAAAGGCUCUGAGUGGUUCCUGAGACCUGAUUGAAUCACAUUUCUCAUACAGCUUUAGUGACAGACAAACUGAGGGGGUGACUUUCUCUCUAGUAUAUGUAUAUAUCUGAUGUGAAGCUGGAAACGUUGAAUGUACAUUGUAAGUAUCUCUUUCUUAGAACACUAAUUUAUUAUGGAAAUGUCUCUCUUUCAUGCUCUGUCUUCUGCAUCACGCAAGACCAGUCCAGCUUUGCAUACAUUACACAAAGCUAUAAUAUGCUGCAGCAAAUGUAUGAGAAAUAUACUAAGAAAAUUGGGGGUUUCCCUAUGGGGAAAGGGAGCCACUUGCUUUUCAGAACCUGCUUUAUGUGUUGCCAUCACCUGUGAAAAGAUAGUUGUUUCAAUAGCUGUUUUAUAAUAACGGUUGGUUGGUUUUUAUUCCCUUCCCUCCUCCAUAAUUUUGGGAUUAUUUUAGGUUACAGUCAUGGGUUCUGUUAUCAUCUUUUGCUGACUAUCUGAUCUGCUUCUGAGGUUGCACUCCAGAUUAGAUACAUGGGGUGAAAUCCUUGCUCCCUUGAAGUCAGAUUUCACCCAUGUUAUAUGCAAUAUGAACAUUGAUAGAUUGUAAACCCCGGAGCAUAGUAAAGAGAUACCUGCCAACUCCAGGCUGGUCGGGGAAAAUCCAAGAAGGCUCUGUGGAAGAAGGGGGUAGGGUAGAAAUGGUAUCAGAAAACAGGGGAAAAAGAGAAAAAUCCUGGCUGUUGUGCAUUUUGUUAACACCCUUGUUUUGAUGAGAGUUUGGUGACUGAUGCAUGACUCUUCCCCAAUAUUUGAGGUGACAAAAGCACACUCCUUCUCCAUAACCCUCUGUAGGAGCUUUGGGUGAAAACACCAUCUCAGCCUUAGGCACAGGGGCAUUCCCAAGAUGCUAUAGUAAUUGAUUCAUCAUCCUGCUCUCUGGCUUUCUCUUCUGCUCCGUCUGCCCCCUCCUCUCUGAAAACCCUUUGUUCACAGAUGUACAAAUGGCACCUGGCUAUGUGGUUGGAAUGCCCUUUUCCACUGAUCCCCACAGCAUUGAUACCAGACCUCAUUUCGUUCUGAAAUCUGGGGUUAGUUGUUUCAUCUGAAGAACAUAUCGCAGCACAGUGUAAUUAUUCUAGCAGGUGAGAUCUUGAAGACAGGGAAAGGGGGCUACCCAAAGGGGUCCUUCCUGACUCAACAUCAGAAACAGAAGAUGAAAUCAUCAAGUACUUUACCUUCCCUUGCCAGGUUUUCACAGCACUUCCAUCAGCAAGUGCGAGACAUGGGGCCCAUCUUCUGGAAGUGAAUUGCACUUGGGACACGUGCUAGGCACGAUCUCCUCAGGUGAGAGUCUCAAAGAGACCUAAAGGAAUCAGGAACACAUUUCCUUUAGACCCCAUUGAAAAUCCAGUCCCCAUGGUGUCAUGGUUUCCUAAGGCUACGUCUGCACUGAAACCCCCCCACCUCCGGCAGCAGCGAGUAGGGGGUGUGAGAAAGAGUCAUCCAGGUAGAGGGGAAAAUACCAAAGAAACCUACCACAAUAGCAUUUAACUACAAAAAGGGGACCUACACAACAGUGAGGAAGCUAUUUAAAUGGAAAAUAAAAGGAACAGUCACAAGAGUGAAAUGCUUGCAAGCUGCACGGAAACUUUAAAAACAGAAAGAAGCUCAAACUAAAUGUAUAUUGUCAAGCUUCCUUCCCCACUCUGAACUCUAGGGUACAGAUGUGGGGAACUGCAUGAAAGACCCCCUAAGCUUAUUCUUACCAGCUUAGGUUAAAAACUUCCCCAAGGUACAAACUUUGCCUUGUCCUUGAACUGUAUGCUGCCACCACCAAGCAUUUUAAAUAAAGAACAGAGAAAGAGCCCACUUGAAGACGUCUUCCCCCAAAAUAUCCCCCCAAACCCUAUACCCCCUUUCCUGGGGAAGGCUUGAUAAGAAUCCUCACCAAUUUGUACAGGUGAACACAGACCCAAGCCCUUGGAUCUUAAGAACAAUGAAAAAUCAAUCAGGUUCUUAAAAGAAGAAUUUUAAUUAAAGAAAAGGUAAAAGAAUCACCUCUGUAAAAUCAGGAUGGUAAAUACCUUACAGGGUGAUCAGAUUCAAAACACAGAGAAUCCCUCUAGGCAAAACCUUAAGUUACAAAAAGACACAAAAACAGGAAUAUACAUUCCAUCCAGCACAGCUUAUUUUACCAGCCAUUAAACAAAAGGAAAUCUAACGCAUUUCUAGCUAGAUUACUUACUAAUUUAACAGGAGUUGUAAGGCUGCAUUCCUGAUCUGUUCCCGGCAAAAGCAUCACACAGACAGACCAACCCUUUGUUCCCCCCGGGCAGAUUUGAAAGUAUCUUGUCCUCUCAUUGGUCAUUUUGGGUCAGUUGUCAGCUAGGUUACCUUAGCUUCUUAACCCUUUACAGGUGAAAGGGUUUUGCCUCUGGCCAGGAGGGAUUUUACAGCACUGUAAAAUACAGAAAGGUUGUUACCAUUCCCUUUAUAUUUAUGACACGCCCCCCCAAAUCACAGAUAGGAUGAAACACUGGCUGUGAUUUCUUGCUGGAGCUCUAGGGGAAAACAGAGUUAAUAAGACACAUGCAUCUCUGAAUAUACUACUAACUUUAUAAAGACUGACAAUAUUUUCCACAUCUUAAGGACGAUUUGGACCAGUUGAUUCUGGGAAACUUUCAUGGGAGAGUGCAUCAGCCACUUUGUUAGAAGCUCCUGAGAUGUGUUGUAUGUCGAAAUCAAAAUCGUGGAGAGCUAAACUCCACCGAAUAUGUUUUUUGUUAUUUCCCUUGGUGGUAUGAAGCCACUGUAGUGAAGCAUGGUCGGUUUGCAGGUGGAAACGCCUUUCCCAAACAUAUGGGCGUAGCUUUUCCAGAGCGUAGACAAUGGUGUAACAUUCCUUUUCACUGAUUGACCAGUGGCUUUCCCUCUCAGACAGCUUCUUGCUGAGAAACACGACAGGAUGGAACUCUUGAUUCGGUCCUUCCUGCAUUAAGACUGCUCCUACACCACACUCGGACACAUCUGUGGUUACUAGGAAUGGUUUGUCAAAGUCUGGGGCCCUUAGUACAAGGUCAGACAUGAGUGUCGCUUGAAGCUGGUUAAAGGCCUUCUGACACUCUUCAGUCCACUGAACUGCAUUUGGCUGUUUCUUUUUGGUUAGGUCUGUCAGUGGGGUGGCGAUUUGGCUGUAGUGCGGUACAAAUCGCCUGUAAUAUCCGGCCAAGCCUAAGAAGGAUUGGACCUGUUUCUUUGACUUUGGGACAGGCCACUUUUGGAUAACAUCCACUUUGGCCUGUAGGGGGUUGAUAGUUCCUUGACCCAUCUGGUGUCCAAAGUAAGUCACUCUGUUUAGGCCUAUUUGACACUUCUUAGCCUUAACAGUUAGUCCUGCCUCCCUUAUGCGCUCGAAGACUUUUUGUAGAUGUUCCAGGUGUUCUGCCCAGGAAUCUGAAAAUAUGGCCACAUCAUCACAGUAGGCGACUGCAUAUUCUCCCAAUCCAGCUAGGAGAACAUCUAAAAGUUUUUGGAAGGUGGUGGGUGCUUUCCGCAGCCCGAAAGGGAGCACAUUAAAUUCAUACAGCCCGACAUGUGUGAUAAAGGCUGACUUUUCCUUGGCGGAUUCAUCUAGCGGUACCUGCCAGGACCCCUUGGUUAAGUCCAAGGUAGAGAUGAACUGAGCCCGUCCCAAUUUCUCCAAUAGUUCAUCUGUGCGUGGCAUUGGAUAGUUGUCUGGGCAAGUUAUAGCAUUUAGCUUACAGUAGUCCAUGCAAAAACGUACCUCCCCAUCUGGUUUGGGAACUAGAACCACUGGAGAUACACUGGCACUGCCAGAGGCAUGGAUUACAUCCAUCUGUAGCAUAUCCUGGAUCUCCUGUUAUAUAGCAGUUUUAGCUUGAGGAGACACCCGGUAAGGUUGGGCUCUAAUUGGGUGAGCAUUACCUGUGUCAAUGGAGUGGUAUGCCCAUUCAGUCAGUCCUGGAUUGGCUGAGAACAUCAGCAUGUAGCUAGUGCACAGCUCCUGGAUCUGCUGUCGCUGCAUACACCCAAGGGUCAUGGAGAGGUUUACCUCUUCCACACCACCAUCACUUUUCCCUUCAUAGUAGACACCUUCAGGCCACUCAGCAUCAUCUCCUCCCUGGGCUGUAAACUGUCAAAUCUUUAAUUCUCUGGAAUAAAAGGGCUUUAGAGAAUUAAUAUGGUACACCUUAGGCUUUUGGUUUGAGGUGGGGAAUGCUAUGAGAUAAUUAACAGCUCCCAGGUGCUCUUGGACCGUGAAUGGCCCUUUCCAUGAUGCUUCCAUUUUUUGGGUCUGGAGCACCUUUAAGACCAUGACCUGGUCCCCUACUUUGAAGGAACACUCUCUGGCAUGUUUAUCAUACCAGGCUUUUUGCUCUUUUUGAGCAUCCUUUAGGUUUUCUUUAGCAAGGGCUAAAGAGGUUCGGAGGUGUUCUGUAGGUUGGUUACAAAGUCCAGAAUGUUAGUUCCUGGAGAAGAUGUAAAUCUCUCCCAUUGCUGCUUCACCAACUGUAAUGGCCCCUUAACCUCGCGGCCAUAUACAAGUUCAAAUGGUGAAAACCCUAAACUGGGAUGGAGUACAGCUCUGUAGGCAAAGAGUAACUGCUGCAACACUAGGUCCCAAUCAUUGGCGCGCUCAUUUACGAAUUUAUGUAUCAUGGCCCUCAAAGUUCCAUGAAACUUCUCCACCAGGCCAUUUGUUUGAUGAUGGUAAGGGGUGGCAACCAAGGGAUUCACCCCAUGAGCUUCCCAAAGGCUUUCCAUAGUUCCUCCCAGCAAAUUAGUUCCUGAAUCUGUAAGGAUGUCAGAGGGCCAACCUACAUUGGCAAAAAUAUCCGUUAGUGCCUGACACACACUUUUAGCCUUGGUAUUGCUUAGAGCUACUGCUUCUGGCCAUCAGGUGGCAAAAUCCAUGAAAGUCAGUAUGUACUGCUUUCCUCUGGGUGUCUUUUUCAGAAAAGGACCCAGAAUACCCACAGCUACUCGCUGAAAUGGAAUCUCAAUGAUGGGGAGUGACUGGAGAGGGGCUUUGACCUGGUCUUGGGGUUUUCCCACUCUUUAGCACACCUCACAAGACCGGACAUAGGUAGAAACAUCCUUGCCCAUUCCCUCCCAGUGGAACAAUUUUCCCAAAUGGUCUUUGGUUCUGUUCACCCCAGCAUGGCCACUAGGAUGAUCGUGGGCUAAGCUUAAAAGCUUUACUCGGUACUUAGUUGGAACUACCAACUGUCUCUGAGGGUGCCUGUCUUCCUGGCGUCCACCAGAAAGAGUUUCCUUGUAUAAAAAUCCUCUUUCUACAAAAAACCUGGAUUGAUUAGAAGAGCUGAGAGGUGGUGGGUUGCUCUGUGCUGCCAUUCAAGUUCCCUGGAGGCUUUCAUCUGCUUUCUGCUCAGCCUGGAACUGUUCCCUUGAUGCUGGAGACAUCAGUUCCUCAUUGGAUUGUGGACCUGGGCUUGGUCCCUGGAAGUGAUGGUUGUUUCCGUUGACUGUGAAUGGCUCUCCGCUGGUGCACUAUGUUGGGGUUCAGGCUCUGGCUGAACCUCUUGUGUAGGGUUAUCUGCUGCUGCCGGUGCAGGUUCAGUGGGGCCCUCUGGUGUUGGGGUUGAAAGUACUGGAUUCAGUGCUGGCAAUGGUUCUGGUGCUGGUUGUUCCGCCGGUUCUGGUUUUGAGACUAGCUCUGUCUGGGUCUCUGUGACUGGAUCCACUACUGCUGUUGCAGAUGUUGGCAUGGGGUCCAGUUCCAUAACCUCUGACCGGGUCCUGGU